CCUCUGCCAGCUCGCUUCAAAGUGGAAAAGGCAAGCGUCCUCGCCAUGACUCUCAAUCACGGCCGUCGCCACGCAAGAAAGGGAAAAUGAAGGCCCAUAGCACACCCGAAAGCGACGAGUUGUUGAAUAGUUUUCUAAAAGCGUAUCAGGCAGACCUAGAAUGUCCCAUCUGUCAAGAUUUCCUGGUCGUGGCACAUGUCUGUGUACCUUGCGGCCACAGUUUCUGCGGCGAGUGUCUUAGCCAAUGGGUCGAGGUCAAGAGGGACUGCCCUUCGUGUCGCGGUAAACUCAAUUCCCCUCGGAUGGUGCUCAAUGUCGGCCUAAACAAUCUGGUGGAAACGCAUCUCGAACAACUUGCUCGCAAAGGAGAUAAUCAAGAAUGGAAGCGUGGUGGAAGCAAACACGCCGAGAGAGAGGCCAGGAAGAAGAAAUGGAAAUCGAAGCUGCAGGAAGACAAGCGGCACCGCGUACGGGCCAUUAUAAUAUUGAGCAGCGAGGAUAGCAGCGAAAAUGAAAACUAUGAAUCGGAACCAAGCGCUACCACCGGCAUGGGCUACCGCUUUGGGCGCUAGUUCUUUUAGGACCAAAUUACGACUCAAGAUGGACACUAUUGUACAAUUAUACACUGUUGUAUGUGCUGGACGGAUGAAAAUGUAGCCUUAUCAAUCAUUCACUGGGAAACGUGAGAGAAAAGCGCAUGCACAGACUUGUAAAAGACUUUACCUCAAAUCUGGUAUUUUACACCA